UUAAUACAAGCAAAUAUAUUCAAAUCUAUGAUCGCUUAUUUGUUUUCUAUAAUGUGGAAGUGAAUAGUAAUCAUUCAGAAAACUAAAUAUGCCGAUCAGUAAUAUAGAGGAUUAUUGGAGUUCCCGACGUAUUUACCUCAUGGCGGUCCUUUGUCAAAUAAUAGGAAUACCUACUUUCAUCAUGUUACCAAAUGCCGCUGUCACUCACGGAGCAACUGGAUAUAUAAUAGGUUAUAUAUUUAGUUAUUUAUUCAUCGGUAUACCAGUGCUCUACAUGGAGUUUGUAGUCAGUCAGUUUACAACUAGAGACUGUAUAAACGUGUGGAAAGCACGUGCCUGUCUAUCUCACAUCGGAUACUUCCUCAUCAUAUGGCAAUGCUUUGUAGUAAUUUACAACCAUAUUAUAAACUCCUUCAUGGUCCACUAUUUAUUGAUAAGCUUUGAGAAUCCAAUACCUUAUUAUGUGUGCGGUCCCUGGACCACACAGAGCUGCAACAUAUUAAUUCGAAACCACACCGUUAACGAAGACUGUUUAAGAUUGAAACAACCACUAAGUUACUGUGAUUAUCUUCAUACAACUUAUCCAGAAUAUCAAUAUUGGAAACAUAAUUUACUUGGUGUGAAGGGCAUGAAUUAUUUUCAUGUAGCUUGGCGUGUGUGUUUGGCCUCUUUCUUAAUAUGUGUGAUUAUGUAUCUUAGUUGUUUCAAAAGACAGAAAUCGGUCAAGUGGAUUGUAGGUAUUUUAAUUUUGUAUCCUAUUUUCGGAUAUAGUUUACUGAUGAUGGGAUCAAUGGUUCAAAAAGGAUUGGUAAUCGAAUAUGAGGAAGCUUUAGAUUCAGAUUUUAGCCUUUUCGUUCAGAAAUUUCGUAUACCGCAUAUGAUUUAUCAGGUUGUGUAUAGCCUGGGUUUAGGAUCAGGGAUUCCAUUCAACUUAGCAGCUGGCAGCUUUUUCCGAGCUCCAUGUUACUCUAACACAGUGACCACUGUAUUGAUUAGUGCUGUGUUUACUACUCUGGCUGUUUGUACAACUGCUAUGAUGUCCUGCUCUUACGCAUACGAGUACAAAAUUUCUCCUCAUAGAAUCAUGCAAUCCCAGUUGUCUUUAGUUUUCGAAAAAACUACAAGGCUCUUAUAUGAGUAUGAGAAUAAAACAUUUUGGCUCAUUAUAAUUUUCAGUAGUAACUCUAUGUUAGGAAUAGGUAGUAAUGUUAUCCUAAUUCUCCACUUACUGGAUAUAGUUUGCUUGAGAUAUGAAAUAGUUGCAAAAUAUCCUGGAAUGAUAUGUUUUAUUGGCGUCUCUUUUAUAUUUUUUAUUACUAUUCCGUUAUUUGGUCACGUUGGAAUGAAUAUUAUUGUAGGAUUUAGGCGCUUCGUUAACUUUGUGCCAGUGUUUAUUGCUUCUCUCGAAUGUUUUGUCUAUGUUAUAUGGUAUGGACUAGAUAGAUUUUCUGAAGACGUACAUUUUAUGCAAGGCAUACAACCUAAAAGUUAUUUGAAAAUUGGCUGGAUGACCUCCAGUUUCAUUUUAGGCUACGUAUUCGUUACCGAACUUUACAUUCAAAAAAAUAAUUCAAAGGAGACUUUAGGGGAUACUAUAGGAUGGUAUUCACUAAUAGCGUCUAUAGGAAUGAUUGUGUGUAUAUUUGUUAUAAAAUUAUUAAUUGGAGUAUUUAGAAAAAAUAUUACCGAGGUAAUACAGUUGGACCCAACAUGGGGACCCAGGAGUGAGGUACUGCAGAGAAGUAGAGCUAUGUUUACUGCUCAGGCCAUGACGAAAGAAUAUAUGUAUCGUCAAUAUCAUCUUCAAGCUGGAAUAUCGAUGCGACAAAGAACCGCCAAUGUCAGAAGAGAAUGUUAUCAGUAACUAUGGAAGUAAUUAUUCUAGUAUUCAUCUUCUAUAGGCAACUUUUAUAAAUACAUUAGAUUUAUAGUAUAACGUUUAUUUUUGUGAUGCCACGUGUGUUGUUGUUAUUAUGAGUCAUUGUAUAUUAUUAUUGCCUAUGGCUAUUAUAUGAAAACUAGUAUUGGAUAUUACGUAAUACGCAAUGUAUGACUCACCUCCAAAAAUAUUAAAAUAUAUGUACCUGGGAGUAUAUUAUUUAAAUUGGUGCUAUAAUACAUAUUAAUUUAAUAUCGACGAGACAAGUAUUGGUGACUCAUUGAUCUCCGGCUAGUUUUGUAUAUCUGAACAAUGUAUCUAUAUAAAUGUCAAUAGUGCA